CUAUGUGUGUUAGAUUGCAACAGCGUGAAGUCAUCGGUUCUGUUGGAACGGCGGUGUAGGCCUGGAAACCAAAUGCAAACUUGAGGCAACAAUAAGUAACAUUCAUACACUGUUUAAGCUAUGUUUAUCUAAAAUGCUUAAUCAUUUUCAUCUAAUAUUAGGGAGUAGAUGUCCUUGCUGUGGAUUCCUAUGUGUUUGCAUCUCACUCCCAUCUGAGUCACUACCACCAGAAGUUCUGUCGGCGUCGCUCUGUUCAAUGACAGAAGAUCAGCGGGUUCUACACGUGCAUGUAGCGCUGCUGCAAUUUUACCAUAAUGGCUAAAUAAGGGAACAGAUUUUACAUGCAAGCUGCUUGUUGUUCUUCUGGCUACAUACAAAGUAAAAUAAAAAUGAAUGACACUAUUAAGCGAGCAGGUUGGACACGCACUCUUGGAUUAACUGUGUGCUCUGCUGCCAUCGGCGGCACUUUUCAGUACGGCUACAAUAUUUCAAUCAUUAACGCACCCACAACUUACGUGCAGAGGUUCAUUAAUGAGACCUGUGUGAAGAGAUGGGGUACAGCUCUCGAGUCCAGUCAGGUGACUCUGAUAUGGACCUUCGUCGUCUCCGUUUACUCUCUCGGGGGACUUCUGGGGUCCCUGCUUGCUGGCCCCAUGGCUAUUAAGUGCGGGCGCAAAGGCGCGCUGCUGCUAAACAACUGCUUCCUUUUUGUGAGCGCGGUCCUGGCUCUGUGCAGCCGCUCCGCUGGCUCUUUCGAGAUGAUCGUCCUCGCUCGACUCCUGGUGGGGGUCAACGCUGGGGUCAGCAUGAACGUCCAGCCCAUGUACUUCGGAGAGAGCGCACCUAAGCAUCUCAGAGGCGCCGUUGCCUUCUCUUCCGCUGUUUUCACUGCCUUGGGGAUCUUGAUGGGCCAGGUAGCCGGCCUGACUGAAGUUCUGGGGAGCGAAUCUCUCUGGCCUUAUCUGCUGGCGAGCAAUGCUCUCCCGGGCCUAGUGCAGCUGGUCACCUUGCCCUGGUUUCCGGAGAGCCCCCGUUACCUCCUCAUCGACCGAGGAGACCGAGACGCUUGCGGACAGGCCCUGAAACGCCUCCGAGCGUGCAGCGUUUUCACUGACGAGAUGGAAGAGAUUCUCCAGGAGCGCGCGGGAGCCGGGGAAGCCCGUGCCAAAACUCUGUGGGAGCUUUUCGGGGACCGAAGUCUCCGCAGGCAGCUCUGCACCGUAAUGGUUGCCAGCAGCGCCAUGAUGCUGUGUGGAAACGAUUCCAUUUACUUCUACGCCUCCUAUAUCUUCCAGGAAGCCGGCAUUCCGGCGGAUAGGAUUCAGUACGUCACGAUCGGCACGGGUGCCUGCGAGUUCACGUCUGCUGUGGUGUGUAAUCUCCUGAUCGAGCGAGCGGGCCGCAGGGUGCUCCUCGCGGGAGGGUAUCUGCUCAUGGCUUGCUGGGCGGUUGUAUUCACCGUCGCUCUUUCGCUGGAGGGCAAAGUGCCCGGCAUGCCCUAUCUGAGCAUGGUCUGCGUGUUCGCCUACAUCUUGAGCUUCGGGAUGGGUCCGGCAGGGGUCACCGGGAUCCUUCCCGCAGAGCUCUUCGACCAAAUGGCGCGUCCCGCGGCUUACAUGAUUGCCGGCUCCAUGAUGUGGCUCAACCUGUUCCUCAUAGGAAUGGCGUUUCCGUUCAUAGUUAACGGCCUGGGACAGUUCUGCUUUGUACCCUUCUGCGGCGUUUGCGUGACGGGAUGUCUUUUCGUCAGCUUGGCUUUGCCCGAAACCAAAGGGAGGACUCUAGCUGAGAUCACGGAGGAGUUUGAGAAGCGGAAUAAGAAAGGGCUUCCUAAAUACGAGCAGCAAUCUCAAAGCCUGACUGAUCCGUCAGAAUGCUUAAAGAUCUCAGAGAUAUCAGGCUGAUUUUGUGUGACACGAUUUAGUUAAUUUAUUCAAACAUACAUUGAUAAUGCAUUUUAUAGUUAAUCCAAGGCAGUUAUAAACUUUAGGUACGUUAAAGGUAAAGAAAAUAUUUUUUUAAGUUUUAACUCGGUUACACUACAAUAUUGUUUUUGAAUCAUUAAGUGGAAAUGCUUUCGGAAAAUGGCAUCAAAGCCAUAUGAAACCAGCAUGAGCACUUUAUGAAAAAAAAAAAAAAAAAAAAGAGUUGCAUCUAAUUUAAAAAUGCUGCAUGUUGCAAGUUGUUUCUUCGUUUUAUUUUAUAGUAAUUUAACUUAUGUGUUCUUUAUUAUCUGUCUUGUCUUACCAUUCAGUUGUAGAAAUGCAGCUGGAAAAUAUAACACCAGUGUGUGCAAUAACAACAACACUUAGCUUUUUUAUUAUCAGGGAUGUUUUUUAUUAUUAUUAUUUUUUACUCUGCUGUUUCCCAGGAAACUUGAAUCUUGAAAAAUCUGCACUUCUGUAUAUUACCUCAUAAUGUAAUGUUGUUAUUUAUUUAUUGCAAAAAUAACUUAUUUGGAAAGAAACGGACAAAGAGCAAUGCUAUUUUACUGUGUGAUGAGUUAAGAUCAAUGCAGAUCAGUGCCUGUGAGGUCUUACCAAGUCUUUGCUUGUUGAGCCAGCAGAUGGCACUAUAUCAAUAUCUUUGGGGGUUUUCUGUCUGCACUGUUGGUUUCCUCUUGAAUGUGCAAUUUUGAACCAAAACCAGGGAAUUCACAGCAUGCUGUUGCAUUUAGGUAUAAUCACAGUUUUAAGGAUGAAAAGCAGUAUCAUAUCCUUCAUUUGUGCCUUAUAAUCACAAACUUGCUGCCUAACCUGCCUAUCAAAUCUCCAAAGUUAUGACCUAUAUUCAACCAGAAUAUUCAAUCCAAGUGUAUUGAAAUGUAUGAUGAUUACAGUUUGUCUUUGUAGAAGAAAUGUGGAUCUAUCAAAAAUGCUGUAUAUUCAACUCCGUUUGUUGCUAGUAAAGA